AUGGCCCACCCCGCUGGUGAGACCGUCACAAUCUCUGUCCGUCGUCCGAUUGACGAUCCCGUCUUCGUGGCCGGCACUUUCUCCGAGCCGCAAUGGGAGCCCCUCGAGCUGAGCUCCAAGAUGGUGGAUACCGAACCGGAUGAGGAGGGAUUGGUUUCGACAGAAUAUCUUUUCUACCGCGAGUUGGAGCUGUCGCCUGGUCAAUAUCAAUAUAGAUUCCGCGAGGGCGCUUCCGGCCCGUGGUUCCACGACGAGGCUGUCAAACACGCCGCAGGGGAAGGAGGUCUGGUGAACAACUUUCUCACCGUCGGACCGAGCGGAGAUGCCGCCGCAGAGACCGAGGAAGCCGCGCCGAAAGAGAACGGCGUCAAUGGGGCCGCUGAGCAUGCUGCCCCCGUACAGGAACCCGUCGUCGAGGAGAAGCAGUCCGAGCCGGUCCCCGAGCCGGAAGAAAAGAAGGAUGCUGAAGUGACGGAGCCUGCCACCAACGGUGUCGCGGCACAUGAGGUCAACGGAACGGAAUCCGCCGAGCAAACCUCCGACUCCAAGCACGAAGACGUUACAACGACGAAGGCCGACGAGGCGACGGAAACACCUGCUGAGAGCCAGCCCGCACCGAAGGAAGCGGAAGAGGUUCCAGCUGCCCCCGCCGUCACCGAGGAGGUGAAGCCUGAAUCUGACGUCCAGGUCAAGGCUGAGGAGCAACCCGAGACUUCGACAGAGAGUGCCACGGUCGCCGACACCGAAAAGGCCGCCGAAGAGCCUAAGCACACUGAGGUUACGGAGGAGGUCACGUCGAAGCCGGCAGAGUCUGCUCCAGAGCCCGCAGCGGAGGAAUCGACUCAGGCUGAGGUUUCGGGAGAGCAGCCCGUCGUGGAGGGAAUAACCCCCGAGGUUGCUGCCAAGGAUGUUGCUGCUGAACCUGCUGUUGAAGAACCGGCCCGUGAGGAACCUGCCGCCGAGAAGCCGACGGAGUCUACUGUUGAAGAAGCUACUACGCAGGAGGCCCCCAAGGAAGAGUCCGCACCGAAGGAACCGGAGACCCCCGCCGCCGAGACGACUACCGAAUCUACCGCAGAAGAGCCUACAAAGGAAGUGGAAGAGGUGAACACUACCGCUACCGAGACUGCCACUGAGGCUGCUCCCGAAGAGCCUGCGAAGGAGUCGGUUACGGAAGAAACAGCGGAAGCGCCCAGCACCGAGGUUCCGGCUACCGAGCCCGCUACGGAGGAACCUGCGCAGGAGGUCGCCAAGGAGGAAGUCAAGGCCGAAGAACCCGCCGAGGUGACCCCUGCUGUGGAGCCCACCGUCGAAGAGCCCUCGAAGGAAGUGACCAAGGAGGAAUCUACUCCGGAGCCCUCGACUGCUGAGCCUGCCACGGAAACCACGGACAAGGCCACCACUGAAGAGGCCCCUGUGGAAUCUGCACCUGUCGAGGAGCAGGCCAAGGAAUCCGUUACCGACAAGGACGCUGUGGAGCAGCCCGCUGAGGAAUCCGCCGCUCCUCAACCUUCCGAAGCCCCGGUCGAAGAAUCUGUCCCCGAGAACACCGUUUCUGAACAGACAGCGGAGGUGGCUACCGAACCUGUCACCGAGACCCCAGUUGCUGAUGAGCCCACUGAACCAUCUGCGGAAGAAACGCACGCAGAGCCUGCUACGGAGAAGGUUGAGGAGCCCAAGACAGAAGAGCCUGCUGAAAAGAAGGCAACUGAAGGUGCAGCUGAAGCUUCGAUUGAGACAGAGGAAAAGACUGCAGAGCCCGCAGAGGAACACCCUACGGAGGCAACCGUCGAAACCGCCGAGCCACCGGUCACGGAGAAGCCGACAGAGGAGCCCGCCGAACAGGUCACGGAAACCGCUGAAGAGGUUGCCAAGGAGGAGCCUGUCCAACAGGAGUCUUCUAACGAGCCUGUUACCGAACAGGCUGCUGUUGAUGCUUCGACUGAAGAGACUACGGAAACUCCUGCUAAGGAAACCCCUGUCGAGGAGGUAGCGACUGAAACUGUUGCGGAAGAGGCACCUGUCGAGACUUCGACCACGGAGGUGGCUGAAGAAGCUGUUAAGGUUGACUCGGCUGUUGAAGAACCGGUGGCUGAGAAGCCUGCCGCAGAAGAACCUGCUGUCGAGGCUUCCGUUCCAGAGACGGCUGAGGAUUCUCCCAAGGAGACUGCUGCGGAGGAAGUAGUGGCUGAGGCAGUUGCGGAAGAGCCUGCUGCUGAGACCGUCGCUUCGGAGACUGUUGAAGAGACCGCCCAGCCUGCUGUUGAGGAACCGGCCACGGAGACUUCAGCCAAGGAUGUUGUUGAAGAGCCUGCUCAGGAGCCUGCUGCUGAAGCCACCGCUACAGAGGCCGAGGUAUCUGCCCAGCCAGCUGAUGAGGAGCCGGCUGCUGAGAAGCCUGUUGUCGAGGAGCCCGCCCCUGAAGCCACCACGCAGACCGAGGAAUCCGCAUCGGAGCCUGUCGUCGAACAGACUGCUCAGGAGACCCAGGCCGAGGAAGUUGUCGAGCAACCGGCUGUUGAAGAGCCGGUUGUCGAGGAACCUGUGGCCGAGAAGACAGUUCAGGAAGAAGAACCCGUCAAGGAAGACGAGCCUGAAGUGACGGUUGCACAUGAAGAGACUGUGAAGGAGGAAGUCCCGGCUCCCCAGGAGCCUGCUCAUGAAGAAGCUGCUCCCGCAGUCCCCGAGUCGCAGGAGACUGCUGAGGUCGCUGCUGAAGAGACCAAGGAGGCGGUUGCUGAAGAGCCUGAGCACGCAGCUGACGCUCCGGCUGCUGAAGAGCCGGUGAAGGAGGAAGUCGUCGCGGAGACCAAGCCUGAAGAAUCCCUUCCCGAGGAAUCUACUAAGGAGCCUACCGCGGAGGAGCCUACUGUGCAAGAAUCCCAGCAGACCGAGGAGCCCAUUGAGGACACCGUCGCGGACGAGUCGACGGACGAGUCCUCCAACUUGGCUGAGUCUACUGUCGCUACGACUGCUGGAGAUGAGAUCGUUUUUGACAACCAGUCGACCAAGGAAGCCGAGCCAGUCACCGAAGAGCUUGUCGAGGAGCCUGCUGUCGAGGAACCUGUUGUCGAGGAACCUGCCGUCGGGGAAACUGUCAAGGAGGCUGUCGCUGAAGAGCCUGCCGCCACGCAGCCUGUUGUCGAAGAGCCUGCUGUUGAGGAACCUGUUAAGGAGGCUGUUGUUGAGGAGCCUGCCGUCGAGCAGCCUGUUUCGAAGGAGCUCGUCGUUGAUGAGCCUGCUGCCACUGAGCCUGUCGUCGAAGAGCCUGCGGUCGAGGAACCUGUCAAGGAGGCUGUCGAGGAACCUGCUGUUGAGGAGCCUGCUGUGAAGGAGGUUGUCGUUGAGGAGGCUGCCGCCACGGAACCUGUUACCGAAGAACCCGUCGCCAAGGAAGCCGUCGAGGAGGUUGCCAUCGAGGAACCUGCUGUCGAGGCGCCUGUUACUCAUGAGGCCGAAAAGGAGACUGCUGAGGAGCCGGUUGCGGAAGUUGCCCAAGAACAAGCGGCAGCUGAGUCGGUCACCGAGCACUCUGAGAAGGAGGCCGUUGCUGAGGCUGCUGUUGCGGCAGUUGCAGCAGUCGCGGCGGCGGAGAUUGUCGACAAGGUUGCUGAGCCAGCUGUUCAGGAGCCCGUUGCUACCGAACCGGUUGUUGAGGCCGCAACCGUUGAAGCUACUGAGGCUCCGGUUGAGAAGGAGGUUGCUGCCGCAGAGCCUGUCCCUGAGACCCACGAAGAAACGGCCAAGGCCGAAGAGGCACAGGAGCAGAAGGCUGCGGAGGAAGCUGUCGCACAGGUUGAGGAACAGGUUACCGAGCCGGUGCAUGCGCCCAAGGAUGAGCCGGCUGCAGUUGAGACUAUCGUCGAGCCUGUUGCUACCGAGGAAGCCCCGAAGGCCGAAGUUGCUGAGGCUGUUAGUGUCGAGAAGGAGGAACCUGUCCAGGUUGAAACCGUCAGUGAGCCGGCCCCGGCUGAGCCUCAAGCCAAGGAAGUGCCUGUGCCUACCGAGGUGGAGGCUCCUGUCGAGGCCAACAUUGUGACAGCACACGAAGAGCCUAUUCCUGAGACGGCCAAGGAGGCCGCUCCUGAGGAGUCUGCCAAGGAUAGCAUCUUUAGCCCUGAGGUUCUUGGCGCAGGUGUUGCUACUGUUGCUGCCGGUGCUGCUAUUACCGCCGGAGUGUAUGCGGCCACUCACAAGGAACACGAAGCUGUUCCUGAGCACGUUGAGUCCAAGCAAGUUCCCGUCCAGCCUGAGAGCGCAGAUAAGGCAGUCGUCGCCGAAAACAAGCCUACCGAGCCAGUUACCGAGGCACCUUCUACCGAGCAGCCUUCUGCAUCCACCCAACAGCCCCAUGUCGAAGACGAUGCCGAAGACCAGACCAAGAAGGCUUCCGAGCCCCAGCCCGCCACCGAGCCCGCCGCGCAGUCCGAGAAUGCCGCCGACAAGGCAGUUGCCACCAAGGGCGACGAGGAAGAUCGUGCCCAAAGUCAAAACCGGAAUCUGUUCUUGAUGAGCGUUUUUGCUGCACCAUUGCUAGCAUUUGUUUGGCAUGCAUAUACCCGAUGA